AUGGCUUAUUCUUCAUUACCACCUAUCGAUGAUUUAACUGUGCGUGAAUCGACUGAACUAACAUUUACCAUCGGAAAACAAUCGAUUUUUUGCCGAAGAAUUGGGUUUUUACAUAUAGAAUCAACUGAACUCUAUCCAAAACAGUAUAAUAACUGUUGCUCUGCAAACGAACAUUUACCGCCUGCAUUAUUCGUCCGCUCAAGCGAGCGGCUACGAUCAAGCCAUCCCUUUUUCUUUCGUUCCUUCUCCUUUUUCUUUUCUCCAUCUCCAUCAUUCAUCGUCGACACGACAAAUUUACACCUUAGUCGAUUGGUCAGAUAUAUCAUGGCUCCUGUGGAUCCAUGUGUUUUACUCAAUACAAUUAUCUAUUUAUUAGAUAAAAACGGUGGUUUAAAAAACACCCGGAUUGUUCGACAAUUUAUAACAUUGAUGAAAUUAGCAGAGAAACUAGUCAAUAAAGCAAUCUAUUUACAAAUUUUAAGUCACACUCAGUCGGAAGAGAUCUUCACCACGUUUCUAAAAAGUGAUGGACAUCAAAUUUUAUUCAAGUGGCUUUCACAUUUUAGCAGUGAAAAUAAUCAUGCAUUUCUUCUCGAUACAUUAAAUAUAUUAGGCCAUUUACCGUUCAACUUGAAUACUAUUUCACAGAAUCAUAUCGACGAGCUUCAGCUCAAAAUAGCCGAACUUGCGUCGGCUGAGUCAGGGAAAGCAAAGGAUAUUCGUGAAAGUGCUCGUCAUUUGUACGACAUUUGGUCGUCAAAAGAACUCUUCAAACCCAUAGAUAUCCGCUCUUCCCAACUUGAUAUCAAUCAGCCUACGUGUUCCAAUCUUCCUCUAACUCCUCAAUCCAUUGAUAAACCUUCGCCAACAUCUUCAAAAUCCAAUCAAAACGAACGAACAUUACUCUCGUCGAACUUUAAUACAUCUCGUCUCCAUGAUAGGAAAAUGGCAACAACCGUUACCUUGACACCCGUAGCUGCAUCAGCCACAAACACUAGUAGUAGUGGCAGACCACCAACACAUCGGAAGCCGACACAUCGUCGUAUAUCGGCGCCGGUGCAAAGCGAUUCAGCGAAAAUGAAAGCAAGCGUUGAACUUGAUGAUAGUGAUGAUCUAACUAAAACGAAUGCAUUGAAUAAAUCGACACCAACAUAUCGUAUACCUAAAAUAGGAAGGCCAAAUGCCAGUAUACCAUCACCACCUUCGGAACCAAUGGAAAGUCCACCGGUGGCGAAUCAAGCAAGCAAGACUGUUGUUUCAUUGAAUAGACAAACGAGUGAUGAACUCAACGCACAACAGGCCAAACGAAAGUUUUCCUUAAGUCAAUAUAAAGAACGAAAACGACUGAAAUCGAAUGAAAUGCCUCAGAAUUCUCUCGAAGAUACCGACAUGCGAAUACAAAAUACGGGACAGUCAAAGCCUUCGCCGCCAAUGAACAUUGAAGAUGAACCAGUAAACACAUCCGAAACUCAACUCCUCAUGAGUCCAAAAGUUGAUGAAGCACCUAAAGAUACAGUUAUAAAAAGUAAUUUAAGUGAACCAGGUGUAAAGAAAGUAGUAAAAAAGAAAGUGAUUUGGGCUGAUGAAAAGAAUCAGUCACUCGUUCAUACAUCAUUUUUUGAAGUGGAUGAUUCUGAGCUAUCCGAUAUGCACGUCUUUGCGCGAACAUGUGCAGCUAAUAUUUCCAUAGCACAACUUGAAAAAGUCAUGGAACGUGAUUUGCGUAAACGACGCGGUGUACAAGAUAUGAAUUCGAACGAUAACGAUGAUAGACAAUAUUCAACGCCGUUACCACCAUUAAUAAAAAUUUCAAUACCCGAUUCGAUUCAAACUCCUCAAAUCGUUUCUCAGGAGCGAUUUGUUCAGGAAGAACGUGAAAAAACUGUUUUACAGGCACUUUUUAUCCGUUCAUUUCUACCUGAUACUCCAGGUGAACCAGAUGGAGAUCCGGUUGGUACUAGCAAUACGGAACGAAGUGAACCCAAAGUGAUACCACUUGAAGAUGAUACAUCAUCAUCUGUAUCGAGCAAAGUAACAUCAGUAAAUAACAAUAAUACGACAACAGCAACGCCAAGUAUACCUUUAGUUUCAACGAAUCCUACAGCUACAACCAGUACUGCUACUCCGAGUCUUUCGACAUUUUCCUUUGGAAAUGUUUCGCCUGAAGUGGCUCAAAUUCUUGCACAAGCACAAGGAAAUUUAACAUCGGCAACGACAAAUAAUUUUCCAACAACGAACACGUCAAUUAACUCGCCCGCAACACCAAUAAUAACGACACCAAUAGUAGCAACGGCAGCUGCAGUUACCCUACCGAAUACGACCGUGUCAGCAACACCGACAUUGGCUGCACCACCUAAUUUUCUGUCAGCAUUUAUUAAUGCAACAAGAACGAUUGGAAAUGAAUCAGCGAACGUUCCGCCACCGAAUCCAAUAGCUAAUCUUUUACCAAAUAUUCCGCUAAAUUUCAAUUUACCACCACCGCCAAGUUGUUCACUUACACAACUAAUUGCAAAUGCUCUUACGUUGGGCAUACCACCACCCCCAACGGGCAAUCCUACGCUAUUCCAAACACCUUCGCCAGCGGCGUUCAAUGCGCCAACACCGCAACCUACUCUGCCGAAUCCAAUAAUUAACUCAGUUCCACCACCAGCAGUGAGUUCCAAAACACCAACGGUACGUUUUGUAUCUGCUAUGGGCAAUCAACAGCUACGAGCGAACCAUCCUAACAAUAACAAUAAUAAUCAUCACGACCGCUCAAUGCCAUCUUCUCGUGAGAACAGUAGAGAUCCUCAUUUUCGACGCGGUCCACCACCAAACAAUCGUCGAGACUACUAUCAAAACCGCAACAACAACAACAACAACAACAAUAAUAACCAUAAUAAUAACAAUAAUAACCAUAAUAAUAACAAUAACAACAAUCGAAAUAUCUUCUCCUAG